CCCGCACUCAUCGCCGACGCGCCUGCGUCAAAGCACCGAGCCACUAGUCGCGAUCGCGCGGGAAAUUCAAAAUUAGAACCCUUUUUCCAUUCCGAUAUUCGAACUUUUUUCUUCUGUGCUACGUUGACAUUUUGAGUGCUGUUUUAGUGUUUUUUUUUUAUUGUAUUUCUAAUAGAGGACUACCUACAAAGGUGUGAUAUUUGGCAUGCUGCUAUAGAAAUGGGGCUCUCUAACUUAAGAUCACUGCUAAUAGCAGCCAUCGUUCUUAGUAAUUGUGUCACUUGGACCUCCUCUAGACACCACUUCACACACAAUGUCCACGGACACCGGAGUAGACAUAGAAGGCAGGGCGCCGGUCUGUACCUGCCUUCAUCGUACGUCCUUCCCGGGGGCGAAGGCUCCGGCGGCUGGGGAGACUGGGGCACUCCCUCCCCCUGCUCGAGGACGUGUGGCGGGGGCGUUGCCAGCCAGAAAAGAAUAUGUAUAGCGAACUCAGACAGUCAAUGUACAGGAGGGGACACAAGAUACUUCUCUUGUCAGACCCAGGACUGCCCCGACGACUCCAAAGAUUUCCGCGCAGAACAGUGCUCGGAAUAUGACAAUGUCGCCUUCAAGGGAAUCAGAUACGAAUGGAUGCCGUACACUCGGGGGCCGAAUCCUUGCGAGUUGAACUGCAUGCCGCGCGGGGAGCGGUUCUACUAUCGACAGCAGAAUAAGGUCAUCGACGGCACCAGGUGCAACGAGGAGUCCUUCGAUGUCUGCGUCAACGGCACUUGUCAGCCGGUCGGAUGCGACAUGAUGCUGGGCUCAUCAGCGCGCGAGGACAAGUGCCGCGUGUGCCGCGGGAACGGCGCCAACUGCCACACGGUCAACGGACUAUUGGACACGCAAGAUCUCAGAAACGGUUACAACGAUAUACUGCUCAUUCCUCAGGGUGCAACGAGCAUUUAUAUUGCAGAAGUGAGAGCGACAAGCAAUUAUUUAGCGAUCCGAGCAAAGAACAAUACGUACUACCUCAAUGGGGACUACCACAUCGACUUCCCGCGAAGCAUCAUCAUCGCCGGCGUCACGUGGCACUACGAACGCAGUCAGGACGGUCUGCCUUCCCCCGACAAGCUGCGAUGCCAAGGUCCUACUGAUGAGCCGCUGCUACUCUCUCUACUUCUUCAAGAACCAAACGUGGGAGUGGAAUAUGAAUACAGCGUGCCAUCAGCUAUGGCGCCGCCACCGAACGCUCAGUACAACUGGGUGCACGACGAGUUCACUCCUUGCAGUGCUUCGUGCGGUGGAGGAGUCCAAGUGCGCAACGUAACGUGCCGUUCUCGCGAAGAACUGGAAGUGGUAGAAGACGCAUUGUGCGAGCCGAUAGUGAAACCGGUAUUGAAUCAGACCUGCAACACGCAGGCGUGCCCCGCGCGCUGGGUCGAAGGCCCGUGGAGUGCGUGCUCUAAGCGAUGCGGGAAAGGAGGAAAUAAGUCGAGACAAGUGCACUGCGAGAAGAUCAUAGCCAAUGGGUACCCGUCAAUUGUUUCCGACGACGAGUGUUUCGAGCUGCUUGGUGAAAAGCCACCACUUUACGAAAAGUGCAACGAAAAUGCCUCCUGCCCGAUUUGGUUCACAGGACCAUGGAAACCUUGCGACAAACUAUGCGGCGAGGGUAAGCAGACUCGCCAGGUGGUCUGCUACCAGAAGACGAACGGACGCAUCGAUGUGUUGAGCGACGACCUCUGCGACGACGACAAACCGGACACAGAGCAACCCUGUCUCCUGCACCCCUGCGACGGGGUCGACUGGGUCAUCUCCGACUGGAGCGGGUGUGAUAGUUGCUUGUCGAAAGUGCGCACGCGCACCGCGGUCUGCGCCACGAAGGAGGAGCAAGUUGUGAACGAUACACUAUGCGGGUACCACAAGGCGCCCGUACUGGAGGAAGAAUGCGACAGAACCAAGCUGCCGGCCUGCGAGGUGCAGUGGUACGCUACGCAAUGGAGCAAGUGUUCAGCGGAAUGUGGUACAGGCGUGCAAUCAAGGCGUGUCUUCUGCGGAUUAUUCGACGGCGCAUCCGUGGUGAAGGUGGAAGAUUCUCGCUGCAACAGUUCUAACCGGUACAACGACACGAAGCCCUGCGAGGUACCCAAGGAGAAGUGCCCUUCCAAAUGGUUCGCUGGACCGUGGUCAGAGUGUACGGUGGAAUGCGGCGGCGGCGAACAGUACCGACGCGUGAUGUGCCUUCGCGGCUCCGCCGUCGGCAGCUGCUCCGUCGACAAAGUGAUCGACUCCACGCAGUCCUGCAACCUGCACCCCUGCAACCAAGAUGAAAUGCUACCGGUGAGCCCGAAUUCUACACCGAUAAUGGACGAAGAUUACGACUACGAAGACUGCGAAGAAGAAGAAGAUUAUCCAGAAGUAGGAGCCGAAGAAGAUACCAGCCUCACCACUGACGACAUGAUGUUCAGUGAUAGUCCAUUCACAGAACUUGAAUCGGAAUUCAUAACUGAUACAGGAUCAGGUUUUAGUACUCUGUAUACUGAAGGAUCAGGUUUCGGCAGCACUGAUGCCACGUUUUCGACAGACGAAGACUGGUCUACCGUUGAAACUGGCUCUACAGAUGAAACCAGUGACUCAAGUUUGGAUACAUCAGAAACCAGUGAAACGGGCUCUACAGUGACUGACUCCACUGUUACGGAGCCUACUCUCAAUUCUUCCAUUUCAACAGAUUUGACUGCAUCUUCUUCAAGCGAUAGCUCUGAAACAUCAACUGAAUCAUUAGGAACUUCUCCUUCAUCUGAUCUUACCGACGAUACAAGUGUAACAGAUAAGACAGGUCGAACAGAAACUACUGGAUCUGAAACGAAUGAAUCGAGUUCAUCAGAAUCUGACAAAGUAUCAGAUUCUACAGAGGAAGCUUUAACAGCUGCAUCUGUUUCUUCUGAUUCUUCAUCAUCAACAUCAACAGAAUCGUUUGACUAUACUGAGUCUGACUAUACGGAUCUUUCGACAACUGAAUCCUCAACUACUGAAGAAACUGGUUCUACGGAAUCCUCAGACUCGACUGAAGAAGUUACUGAACUAUCCUCUUCUACAGAAUCCGAAGGCUCCACGGAAUCUAGUCCAACAGACGAAACUGCAUCAACCGAGUCCGGUACAACCGAAUCGAGUAUUUCAACAGAGACAGAAAGCACUGUGUCUGAUUCGAGUGACAAAACCACAGAACCUGUAUCAUCCGAAUCAACAGAGACUGAAUCAUCUGGCUCUACCGAGGAAAGUACGGAAAUAACCACUGAAAGUGUUUCUACUAUUGAAUCUAGUUCUACUAGUGAAUCGGGUUCUAGUUCUGAGUCCGGUUCUACUACGGAAUCUGGUUCUACUACGGAAUCUGGUUCUACUACUGAAUCUGGUUCUACUACUGAAUCUGGGUCUACUACUGAAUCUGGUUCUUCUACAGAAUCGACAUCUAGCACCGAAUCUGGCCCCACUACGGAAUCAAGCUCGACUGAUGAAUCUACUGAAUUAGGUUCCACGUCUGAAUCAGGUUCUUCUACGGAAUCGGGCUCUACUGAGUCUGGAGCUACUACUGAGUCUGGUUCGACGGAAGCUUCUAGUACUGAAAUAACUGAAUCCAGCUCUGCAGAAUCAUCCGGCUCUACGGAAUCUACAGUAUCAGAGUCCACAGAACUAGCCAGCUCCACUGAAGAGUCAGGUUCAACAACUGAAGCAGCUACUGAGGAAACAGGAUCAACAGAAUCUGCAGCAACGGAAGAGACUAGUGAAACGACCGAAACUGGUUCUACAGUCACAGAAGAAACCGAGUCGACAGUAUCUGGAGCUACGGAAGAAACUGUAUCUACAGAAAGCACUUCAGAAGGUUCUACAGAAUCUAGCGAAGAAUCGACUGGAAGCACUCCAUGGGAUUGGUCGUCUACGAUCGAGUUGAUAACUAAGAAACCUAAAUGUAAGCCUAGAAUCGCUAAAUGCAUUAAGAGCAAGUUCGGAUGCUGUCCCGACAAGAGAACUGCUGCAGCUGGACCAUUCGACGAAGGAUGUGCACGACCGCAGACUUGUGGCGAGACUAAGUUCGGUUGUUGUCCGGACGGUGUUUCUCCGGCGACAGGGCCUAAAGACAGAGGUUGCCCCGUGGCGCCAUGCGCUGAAACUCUGUUCGGAUGUUGCAAAUCCGACAAUAAGACUGCCGCAGAAGGAAACGACCAAGAAGGAUGUCCACCGCCCCCACCGGCUUGUAAAUCAUCCAAAUACGGUUGCUGUAACGACAGCAAGACGGAAGCCACGGGACCAAAGAAACAAGGAUGUCCUGAAACAGUAUCGCUGUCUGAACCCAAGAAGCCGCAGAGCUGCGCGAGCUCAGAGUUUGGGUGCUGCUACGACAAAGAGACGGUGUCGCCUGGGCCCGAGGGCGAGGACUGUCCCUGCAACGCCACGCAAUAUGGCUGCUGCCCUGACGGCGUGUCUACUGCUGAAGGAGCCCAAAUGGAAGGUUGCGUGAUGUCGUGCAAUUCUUCCUCGUACGGUUGCUGUCCGGACGGCGAGACUCCCGCGCACGGGUACGACAACGAGGGCUGCUGCCUGCUCUACGCGUUCGGGUGCUGCCCGGAUAACUUCAAACCCGCCGAGGGACCGCGUCUGGAAGGAUGUGGUUGCCAAUAUGCCCAUUACGGCUGUUGUCCUGACAACCUCACCAUCGCCCGCGGACCCAACAACGAGGGCUGUGGCUGCGAACACUCACAACACGGAUGCUGUCCUGAUAGGCAUACGGAAGCGUCCGGACCGAACUACGAAGGUUGUGACUGCAGUACAUUCCAAUUCGGGUGCUGCGAUGACGGCGUCACCGCCGCCAAGGGGCCGGGUCGCCAGGGCUGCCUCUGCCAACAGUCUCAGUACGGAUGUUGUGGCGACGAAAAGACCGCCGCCACCGGCCCUGAUCAGGCUGGCUGCGAUUGUUCCACCAGCAAGUUCGGAUGCUGCCCCGAUGGCGUCACAGCUGCUGCUGGCACUAAAUUCCUCGGCUGUACUGAUAAACCUGAAAAUAGACAAGCUGCAUGCGGCCUGUCUACGGACCGCGGCCCGUGUACCAACUACACGGUGCUGUGGUACUACGAUAUAGAGUACGGCGGUUGUUCAAGAUUCUGGUACGGAGGCUGCGAAGGCAACGACAACCGGUUCACUUCUAAGGAGGAAUGCGAGGAUGUCUGCGUACAACCUUCGCCUAAAGAGGCGUGCAACCUACCGAAGGUGAAGGGCGCUUGUACUGGCUACCAUCCACGCUGGUUCUACGACGCAGAGCGCGAGCACUGCGGACAGUUCAUAUUCGGUGGUUGCCUUGGCAACGCCAACAACUUCGACACCCGGGAACUCUGCCAGAAGCACUGCGAGCCCGCCAAGAGUGACGACCAAUGCAAGCUGCCCAUCGACAACGGCCCUUGCGCGGGCAACUUCCCUCGGUGGGGCUUCAACGCGGAGUCACGUCGUUGCGAACAAUUCACUUGGGGAGGAUGCGGCGGGAACACCAACCGGUUCAGCUCUGAGGCUGCAUGUCUGCAUAGAUGCAAUCCGCCCGGCGUGCCGCAACCUGAAUGCAAUGAGCCGCAACAUGCCGGCAACUGCACGGAUAAAGUGCCUUCCUGGAGCUUCAGUCCUACUGAGAAUCGCUGCAUGCCAUUCUACUACACCGGCUGUGGGGGCAAUCGCAACAGAUUCGAUUCCGAGAGGACCUGCGCUGAGAACUGUCCAAGCUCGUAUGUAAAAGAAAUUUGCACUCUACCUGCUUUGACCGGAGAGUGUGCUGAUUAUUCAGAGAAAUGGUACUACGAUACAGCGAUCAAGAGGUGCCGACAGUUCUACUAUGGCGGUUGCGGCGGCAACGAGAACCGUUUCUCCACGCAGCAGGAGUGCGAGAUCCAGUGCCGGGAGCAACCCGUCACCACGACAACACCGCGCCCUACUCCGCCCGUCACUACACCUGCGUCGUCCGUGGAAAAUGUAUGCUCUUUACCAUCGAUGACUGGAGAGUGCGAUCGGUACACCGAGAAAUGGUUCUUUGAUACGAGCAUCAGCAGGUGUCGUCCGUUCUACUACGGCGGAUGCGGCGGCAACGGCAACCGGUUCGAGAACCAGCGCGAGUGUGAGGCGAGAUGUUCCCCGCCCGCCCCAACGCCGCCCACACCACCGCCCUCUACUGGACAAGAAAUAUGUUUCCUGCCCAUCGACGCGGGCCCGUGUACCGACUUCGUCUCGCGCUGGACGUACGACAGCGAACGUGGAUCCUGCGCACCCUUUAACUACGGCGGCUGCGGCGGCAACCAGAACAACUUCCCCGACGAGGAAUAUUGCCGAUAUAUCUGCGGGAACAUACAAGACAUCUGCCAGCUGCCGAUGAUUCAGGGUCCAUGCGGAGAGUCAUUGAUGCGAUGGUUCUACGACCCCGCCUCAGAUGCUUGCAGUCAGUUCACAUACAGCGGCUGCAACGGUAACGGAAACAGAUUCGAGUCUCGGCAAGCAUGCGAAAGUCGUUGCAGAACUGGCCCCGCUGCCCCUGAGGUUCCUGCUGCUGUCACUAAAGCUACCACUGUGUCACCUACCGGUGAAGGCUUAUCCCCCGAAUGCCUUGCAUCUUCCUCGCCCGACGAAGAGUGCUUAGAGGAGGAGGCCGGGCCGGUGUGGUACCUGGACGUGUCGCAGCGCGCGUGCGUGGUUCACGUCAACGAACCAACUGGCGCAAACUGUCGGCGAGCCGGCGUCUUUGACAGCGAGGAGGCUUGUGAGAGGGCUUGUGGAGCCUUUAGAGAUAUCGACGUAUGCCGUUACCCCGUGGACCCGGGUCCAUGCCGGGCCGCAAUACCGAAGUUCUUCUACAACCAGACCCUGGACGCCUGCGAGCCCUUCAACUACGGUGGCUGCCACGGAGGACCCAAUCGCUUCUCUACUGAGCUGGAGUGCCAGGACAUCUGCAAGGGCGAGAAGGAUCCAUGUAAGAAGACGCCGAAGCCGGUGACCUGCGUGGACUACGAGGUGACAUGGUUCUUCGACGAGGCGCGCGACGAAUGCUUCUCAUACGGCUCCUGCGACCACACAGACACUAACAAGUUCACGAGCCGGGAGCAGUGUGAAGGGCAGUGCCGUCGCGCGCCCUCCGCCCCUCUGCUCACCACCACUACGCGCUCGCCGCCGCCCUCUGAGACGGUAGAGGAAGAAUGCCGCACGCCCACUGUUCUGGACACUUGCAAAAGUAACCUGGUUGCUUACUACUACGACUCGCGCUCGGGCGGCUGCCUGGCCGCGGAGCUUGGAGGCUGCGGGCUGGCGCUCGCGCAUCCUACCGAGGAAGCUUGCCUGAGACGCUGCGGCGAGUUCCGCGGACUUGACCCUUGUCGAUCACCGCUGGACGUGGGUCUGGGCGGGGAAUCAAUACCGAAGUUCUACUGGAAGCAGAGCUCAGGCCGCUGCGAGCAAUACGUUUACAGUGGGUCAGGCGGCGGGCCUAACCGAUUCUCUACCAUCGACGAAUGCGAGCAAACCUGUGGACACACCGGACCCGAGAUCGAAAGCAACGAAGUUCUACCCGACUGUGAUCGUUUCAACGAUGAGUGCGCGACGAUCCGCUGCGAAUUUGGCGUACAGCGCAGUCGCACUAGAGACGGCUGUGAGCGAUGCGCGUGCGUGCAGGUCGAGGUGGACUGUACCUCGUUACAACGCGAGUGUGACACGCUGAAGUGCGCGUACGGACUCGAGCGUACCACUGGACCUGAUGGCUGUGAUAGGUGCACUUGUCUGAAGCACCCGUGCGAGGAAAAGCAAUGCCCUAUCGGUGAACGCUGCGUGGCAUCUGCAUACCGUGACCCCGUCUCGCAAGACCUCUCCUACACUGCUGACUGCCAUCAAGUGAACAAGCCAGGCUCGUGUCCGGUGGAACAGACGACUGUAGAAGGGCAGUGCAGACGCGAGUGUAACGACGACGCGGACUGCCGCGGCGUGGGCAAGUGCUGCGCGCGCGGCUGUAGCCAGCUGUGCCUUGCGCCCGCCGGCGACGUAUACGCGCCGCCUACCACCACCUACUCUCCCGAACUACCGCAAGCGCCGCAAGCAAACCCGGUGACGGAGCCGGAGGUGUCGGCGACGGAGGGCGGCAAGGCGACGCUGCGCUGCCUGUUCCACGGGAACCCGCCGCCCAAGAUCACCUGGCGACGCGGCGAGAUCACUAUUGACGGCGACGUGGGCCGCUACCGCCUCCUGUCUGACGGCGCUUUAGAAAUCGUAUCACUGUACCGAAACGACUCUGGUGUCUACAUCUGCGUCGCUGAGAACGUUCAUGGCGUAUCCCGACAGGAAAUCCGCCUGCAAGUUAACGAUCCGGUGGAGGCGCCGGUGGGCAUCUCGGGCGAUAGCAACGCCGUGGUGACGGGCGAGCUCGGCCGCAGCCUCAACAUCCGGUGCCUGGCGUACGGGCAUCCGGCGCCGUCUAUCUACUGGUACCGGGGGAGGAACAUGCUGCCGUACAGUAGUCAGCAGUACGAGGCGCGCGGGAACGUGCUGCAGAUCAGGCGGUUGUCUGUGGACACUCUCGGGGAAUACGCGUGUCAAGCGUACAACGGCGUGGGCAAGGCCGCCUUGUGGACGGUCGUGGUGCGGGCAUAUGAAACGGACGAAGAACGGGAGAAUGAACUCCUGGUGCCGCGGGAACGGCCGCCCACGCCGACCCGUGUUCAGACCAUGGCCACUACCACGCUAGCGCCCGAAAUCGACGUGCCCGUUUACACUGUGGCGGUGAACACGUCGAUCCCUCUGAGCUCUAUCUCGGCGGCGGCGGGCGCGGAGCUGAGUAUCCCCUGCGACGUGGAGGGGUACCCGCUGCCUGACGUGUACUGGACCAAGGAUGGCGCCAGGCUCGCAUCUACUGACCGGAUAGCACUCACAGAUGCCCGUCUGACGAUAUCUGCGCUGACAGUGGAGGACAGCGGCGUGUACGGCUGCCACGCGCGCAACGACUACAGCUCGCACUCCUCCACCAUACAAGUCAACGUGCAAGGUCUGUUCAUCCCAGUUCACUGCACGGACAAUCCGUUCUUCGCCGACUGUCAGCUGAUUGUGCGAAGCAAGUUCUGUAAUCACCAGUACUACUCUAAGUUCUGCUGCAAGUCGUGUGUGGAAGCUGGACAGCUGAAUCCUCUUGAAAUGGGAACGCAAGCGGACGAGGCGUGGAAGAAGAAGAAAUAAAUUCCAAAUUGUUCCGCCGAGGGUCGUUGACCGAUACAAUCAACAGAGGCUUAUCGUCAUAACGUAGUACAUGGCUUAAAUCAACCAAAAUUCGGUCAGCAACCCCUGGAAAGUUUCACCAGUUCGAUAUUACUGAAGUGCCAUAAACUAAAUGUUAGCAUAAUUUAUAUCAAAUGUAUCUCAUGUUCAAAAUUUACAAAAUUAUUUUCAAGAAUUCAUGAAUAUCAUUUUUGUUUUCUCAAGUUUAAUUGUGGCAAAAUAGAUAGUCCUACCAAUUUUAAUAGAUACUAAUGUAGAUAGGCGAUUAUUGAAAUGUAAAUAAAUACUUUUAAAAUGUCACUAACAGUUCCAUCUGUGAUGGAUUACUUAAAGAAAAAUAUAUACAUAUAUAUUCAUUUUAUAGAUCGGAAUAGUCACAAAAAUUAUAGCAAGUAAAUUAUUUAUUUCUUAAGAUGUUUAGAUGCAAUGCUUAGGAUGUAAAUGAUAAGGCGAAGUCAAUAUAGGCGAUUACGAAGUCAUGAUAUUUUGCUAAGUGGUUUUUCUAUUGUGACAAUGUAAAUAGUUAACAAUAAAGCGUAUUAAUAAAUUUUAAAUUCUGAUUUAUUUUUCACC